UUUUCUACAUGUCCCCUGUGGGGGUGUAGGGACCAGGUUGGAGCUGGGGAGGUGGAGGAUCACGCUGACAGUGGAUCGUGGAUCCAGGCGAACCCCCCGCCUUGUGCAACACACAUCUUCUAUUCUGCGGUAAAGAUGGCGGCGUCAGAGGGGGCGCGCAGCGGCCGGAUAACGGCAAAACGAUUCUAACUAGCUUCAGUUUGACCGAAUAUAGCCAACCGGGUGUCUUUUAUUACUACUCGGAUGCCACCCGGAGCAAGGAAUUAGGGGCAGUCGCUGUCACACGCCGGGGUUGGGAUUUUAUUGUUAAAGGCAGGGUGGGUGGGUUUCACUGAUAGCCGCUAACGUUAGCUAACGGGCUAGCUAGGCGAGCUAACACGGGCUAGUUUUACUUUAGCCCACUGAAAGAACGGCGAGGAGGGGAUUGAGGAAGAGUAUUCGGGCCAGGCCGCUCCAGCUUUGGGGGAAUGUGAACCAGACGCGCGGAGGGGGGUUUGCUUGCUUCGUCCUCACGCCAAACUACCGGGAUGGGACAGCAGGUUGGCCGAGUCGGUGAGGGUACAUCGACCGGGCUCCAGCCACCACAGCCCCACGCGCCCCAACCACACCAAGGGAAGGGGAACCGGGGGAGCGGCGUCGGGAGGAGACCCCGGGAACCCGGCAGUAGCACCGGGACACCACCAGGCAGGACAGCUCCAGUCAAUGUGCCCGAUCCAGGCAUCAAUAUAUUCACGCAGCAUUCAGAAGCUCUGACAGAGGCGGUGCGCUGGAGCUCCAAGGAGAACCUUCUGGGCGCGGCCGAGAGCGACCCUAACCUCUUUGUUGCACUUUAUGACUUUGUUGCUAGUGGAGACAACACACUCAGCAUCACCAAAGGUGAGAAGCUGCGUGUGCUGGGCUACAACCAGAAUGGAGAGUGGAGUGAAGUGAGGUCUAAAAACGGUCAGGGAUGGGUUCCCUCCAACUACAUCACACCGGUCAACAGCCUGGAGAAGCAUAGCUGGUACCACGGGCCCGUUUCCCGCAGCGCUGCAGAGUAUCUGCUCUCAUCACUUAUCAAUGGCAGUUUUCUGGUGCGAGAAAGCGAGAGCAGCCCCGGACAGCUGUCCAUAUCUCUGCGCUAUGAGGGCAGAGUGUACCACUACCGCAUCAACACAGCCACGGAUGGGAAGGUGUACGUAACAUCUGAAAGCCGAUUCGCCACUCUGGCCGAGCUGGUCCAUCACCACUCCACUGUACCUGAUGGUCUGGUCACCACGCUGCACUACCCUGCACCCAAAUGUAACAAGCCCACAGUGUACGGUGUGUCACCCAUCCAUGAUAAGUGGGAGAUGGAGCGCACAGACAUCACCAUGAAGCACAAGCUGGGAGGAGGCCAGUAUGGGGAGGUGUAUGUCGGAGUGUGGAAAAAGUACAACCUCACUGUGGCUGUCAAAACACUAAAGGAAGACACUAUGGAAGUAGAAGAGUUUUUGAAAGAGGCGGCAGUUAUGAAAGAGGUUAAACACCCAAACCUUGUUCAGCUGCUGGGUGUGUGUACGUUAGAGCCUCCAUUCUACAUUGUGACUGAGUAUAUGCCACAUGGCAACCUACUGGACUACUUGAGAGAGUGUGAACGCGAUGAGGUGAAUGCUGUUGCGCUGCUAUACAUGGCCACGCAGAUCUCCUCUGCCAUGGAGUAUCUGGAGAAAAAGAACUUUAUACACAGGGAUCUCGCAGCGAGGAACUGCCUGGUCGGUGAAAAUCAUGUCGUGAAGGUUGCCGAUUUCGGCCUGAGCCGGUUGAUGACCGGUGACACCUACACCGCCCACGCUGGGGCCAAGUUCCCCAUCAAAUGGACCGCACCGGAGAGCCUUGCCUAUAACACCUUCUCCAUCAAGUCUGAUGUCUGGGCUUUUGGAGUGCUACUUUGGGAAAUUGCCACUUAUGGCAUGUCUCCCUACCCGGGUAUCGAUUUGUCUCAGGUCUACGAUCUCUUGGAGAAAGGCUAUCGCAUGGAGCAACCUGAGGGAUGCCCGCCCAAAGUUUAUGAACUCAUGAGGGCAUGCUGGCAGUGGAGCCCGUUGGAUCGACCUUCGUUUGCAGAGAUCCACCAAGCCUUCGAAACGAUGUUUCAUGGCUCGAGCAUUUCUGAAGAGGUGGCAGAGGAGCUCUGUAAGACAGCAUCCUCUGAUCACAGCGGACCGCUGCAGUCUUUCAGUCAUGAUAUGCCCCUGUUGCCUUCCAAAUCUCGCCCACUCCACAAGCACACAGAAAACAAGGAAAACAUCGAGGGUGGACUGGACGGCCGCACCGAUCACAGCACGCACGGUCACUCAGGUUGGGCGUCGUCUUUGCUCGGAGGGGACAGCCGAUCAGGCAGCUCCCCAGCCCUCCCCAGAAAGCAACAGUCAAGAGAUAAAUCUCCCAGCAGCCUUUUAGAGGAUGCACAGGAUGUGGGCACAUUUACGCGAGACCGCAAGACUGGCUUCUUUAGCUCAUUUAUCAAAAAGAAAUCUUCCUCUUCUUCCUCGUCACCGUCUUCUCAGCACCAACAGAACCUUCCAAUGCCACCCAAGAGAAGCAGUUCCUUCCGGGAGAUGGAGACACAACCUCACAAAAAGUACGAGCCUACACCCGAUUUCAGUGCUCCUCCUCCCCUGCCCCAGUCAGACAGUUUAGGGGGCUUUUCUGCGUCUCCUUCCCACUCACAUGGGGAACCCAUCCAGGCACAGUCUCGCUGCUGCGGGGCAGCUUUUGGACAGAAACCCUCUGGGGGAGGCUUUGGUUCACAGGUGACAAGUGGUAGCAGUUGGAGUGGGCUGGCUGGCUUUUUUACCCCUAGACUCAUUAAAAAGACCCUGGGGCUACGGACAGGAAAGACAUGCUCCACAGACGAGGGUGGAAACAUAGUUGGUGGGCCUAAACCUUUCCCUAGGUCCAAUUCUACCUCCUCAAUGUCAGCUGGGCUGCCAGAUUUGGAGCGCAUGGCUCUGACGUUACCCAGGAACCGCAGUGCUAAACCGCCUCUGGAGAGGACUGCCUCAACAACCUCUCAGCCAGAGAACGGGGCUGCACGGCCAUCAGAAACUCUGCUGAGGAGGAUGGAUGAGGGGACUGCACAGAUCAGGGAAAGGCCCAAAGCCAAGCUACUACCCCGGGGCACUGCUGUAGGGGUGAGGGCACCAGGGGUUGGGGGGGAAGGUGGGGAUUCGGACAGCCUGUCCCGAGUCAGGGAGGGUAGAGAGGAGAGUGGAGGACUGGACAGGCAGCAGAGUUGGACAUCUCCUUCCAAGUCUUCUGGCUUGAGCAUGUCAUCAGCUGCAGCAGGUGGGCCACCUCACAACCACAAAGUCCCAGUCCUGAUCUCUCCCACACUGAAGCACAGCCCAGGUGACGUGCACCUGGUGGGGCUAGACUCUCAGGGGAACCGCUUUAAGCUGCUGUCUGAGCACCAAGCAGACCGAGACAGGCCACGCCUCGUCAAACCCAAGUGUGCGCCGCCUCCUCCCCCUACUCUGCGCAGUCUGCAACACUCCUACAGCGGCGACGGAGAAGAGCAAGUCGGAGGAAUGCCUGUGGAAGUAAAUGGGGACACAUUAAAAGGUCAAAGGUCAGGGCGAAUGUCAGGAGGAAUGAUGACAGGCAGACCAUCAGUGCCACCACCACAAGUGCCUCCAGCUUCUUCCGCUUCCUUUUCCUCUUCUUGCUCUGCCACCACAAACACAACCCCCACUAAAAUGGCCAAUGGGGCCACCACCACUGCCCCCUCGCACACAGCACCGUCUGCUGGUUCCAAAGUGGCACUGCGGCGAACUAGGCAGCAAGUGGAGAGGGCGCCCUUGGAGCGGGUUAACCGCGAGGUCUUGCUGGAGUGCGCGGAAUGCCUGAGCAGCGCACUCCACGCCAGCUCCGAAAGCCCCUCCAGCAGCCAGGUUCUGGACGCUGGCCAUCAGCUGCUAGACUACUGCUCAGGUUAUGUGGACUGCAUCCCUCAGAUGAGGAACAAAUUUGCCUUUCGAGAGGCAGUGGGGAAGCUGGAGCUCAGCCUGCAGGAACUGAGAGCCUCGUCGUCAGGAGGUGGGGGGUUGGGUGGCGUGGGGUCCAACACUGUACUGGAUAACCUACACAGCUGUAUUAAAGAGAUUAGUGACGUAGUGCAGAGGUAGCCACUGUGACAUCACAAAUCGCCACCUCUAACUACCCAACAGAUCGCUUUGAUUCCUUUUUAUGUUUGUUAUCUCUGCAGUACCUCACAGUAUCACCACAGAAAAUAACUUCUUUUUUUUUUUGUUUACAAAUCAGUUUGAUAACAUGCCAGUGUGGACACUAAUUUUCCUCUAACCUGUACAUAUUGAGAAAUAAUAUACCAAACUAAAUUCAAGUCGCACCAUAAAACGUUUCACCACAACUUCUUUACGUGGCCUUGAUGUAAAGGCGUGUUUGCUGCCUGAAUGUCGUGUGUCAGCUGUGUGUAGCCAGCCAGCAGAGUAGGUAAAGCUCACUCUGCUUCCCCUCAAGUUAAACUCCAGAAUUGUUUUACAAAUAUGUAAGCGUACCGUUUUCCUCUGUGUCUGGAGAACUGAGUGAUCGUGAGCCAUUUUGGAAACUACAUUCAUGUGAACUCCUUCGAGGUACGAGGGGUGGUGGGGGGGCGUUCUCAUAGGCCAGUGGACAAGUGUAAAAAGGUUAUAAAUAACACCCACACCUGUUUUUCCCUUGUGUGGGGUUAAAGUCUGGUUUCUUUUCUGGGGUUUUUUUAAUAGUUACCGUGAAAUUUCCACGUCCAGCUAAUUUAAAUAAAAGUUUCAGUGAUUGCCUACAAAAGUAAACGUGCAUUUGACAGAUAUUCCCCGCAGCUCUGAAACAUAAUGAACGAACACGGGCCGUCACUUCACAGAAUUUGUCUUUGCUUCAGUGACUGAUGUUCACACCUUAACGUAGUGCCACAAAAAUGGGGAAUCUCCCCAGCCCCUUGAAGCAUUUCAUUAAUCAUGUCCAGUUAUUCUCGCACGCUGCUUCGUUGUUUUGUACGAUGGAGCUGAAACACGUGGAGUGAGGAAAGAGAGCACAGGGUAGCACAUGAGCAGGUGAACUGGGACAGUGUUUUUAUAAGUGUCCUUCUGAGUGUGGACAGUGCUGGAUUCCCUGUAGCCUUGUCAUGGCCUCAGUGCCUCAUUCUUCAAUGUAAGAACGCUGCGAAAUGCAGAGACCUACUUUACACUAAUCACACAGUACUGAGCUCUCAACAAACUGCAGUAUGUCUUCAGCACAUGAGCAAUUUGUACAUUAUUUGGUUCACAGAAAAAUGCUUUUUAGAAUGUCUAUGUAUGAACUUGAAUUUUAAAUUAUUGUUGUUUGGGGGUUUUUUUAAAGCACAGACCUAUUUUAAAAGAAAAGCUAUGUAAAUAUUUGACUUAUUUCAUUUCCAGGAAUCAAAAGAUUUAUCUGUGGUCACAGCAUAAAAAACAAUGUUUCUGACUGAAGAGAUGUAUUUCAAGACUGAGGCCCAUCCACCCAGAUCUGAUUAUCUGCUUUAUGAAUGUAUUCUUCUGUUCUCAGCCUGGUUGAAUGUUCAGCUGCGUGUCUCUUUAAUCUCUUAAGGUGCCAUUUUUUUUUUUUUUUUUUCCCAUUUAAUUUACUGGCCCAUACUUUAUUUUGAUCACACUAAAUAAGUCCAGAGAUAUUUGCUCUGUUUUUGAGCACAAGCAGAAUUGUGUACAGCACAUACACAACUUGUAUUAUUUUCCUUUUUGUUUGUUUACUUGCUUUGGUUCUCAUAUUUAUGUACACUGGAUACGGCCUCGAUCUCAUUGGUUCAUUCACACAUGCUCUGUACAUGUAAAAUUGUAAACACUGCUGCAAGUCUGUAACACUUUUAAUGCCUUUCAAUGGCAUGUUUUUUGUUUUUUUCUAAAUUUUGUGGUGCAUUUCAUUCUUUAUUUUUCUUGUUAUUGUGCGUCAGUAAAAUUUCCCUUUUUUUCCCAAACAAGAUGCUUUUAGACAAGCUGAUUUUUGUGCAUUUUAAAUAAUAUGAAAUGAAAAAUGCCACCUUUCUUCACAAUUCUUGGUGCCUUUUUGUGAAACAAUUUUUACACUGUCACUGCGAGGACUCACAGAAUGUUCAAGUCCCUUAUUAAAACUCACAUGCGUUAUGUUUCAGUUUCAAUGACAUUGUAAUCCUGUCACUGCAGUGUCGGUUUCUGUCAUUUGGAGGUUAACAGCCAGAUGCCAACAUGUGCUUUCUGGCUAUAUUGGAUAUUUGCCAGUUGGUGUCAGCAUAUGUAAUAAAUGCAUUAAAAUUUAGAAAGAAGAGAUGGUAGAAACACCCUUCAACCACAUUAUGAUUGUUGAUAUUCCAUAUUUUGUCCACCAGAGGGUGCUCUGCGACUUUCGGCAACACAGCGUAAAUGGUAAAUGGCCUGUAUUUGUAUAGCGCUUUACUAGUCCCUAAGGACCCCAAAGCGCUUUACACAUCCAGUCAUCCACACAUUCACACACACACAGAUUACCCCAAUAAACGUUAGGGAAUUUUGUUUUUAGUUCUGUGUGUCUGAAAGAAAAAAUAUUGGAUCAACAGUUGUGUCAGUCGGACUCUAUUUGGAAAAUCUGUAACUAAUCGGGUUUAUUUGUGGCUGUUAGUGCGGUCACACAAAUAUCUGUCUGAUCUGAUCACACUUCAGUCUAAAACCUUUAGAACUGACAAGCAGUUCUAAAGGUUGGCCUUAGUUUCUCUUUACUUUCUGUGUGAAUUCGCCUUUUUAGAUGGUGAAAGAAAAAAUCCUGAAAUCAUGCAUUUCAAUUCCGAACAGUUUUAUUUAUUUUAUUUUUUAAGCAUUCAGUCGUUGAUUGUCAGCGAACUGAUUUCGUACCAACUCACAAGCCUGAUCUCAAGACCAAUGCUGUUUAAUAUUUAAACCUGACCACAAACUUUCUGCUCAUUCUCAGUCCUUUACAUUGACUUUAUUUAUGUUUUUUGACUGCAUUAAUCCUGUAGAUCUGUUUAUUUUGUCUUCUCGUGUCUCCCUGUUGUGGAGUACAGCUCUGAAGAACGUGUGUACGUAUCAAUAUACCAAAGGCCGCGUCUUCAGUUGUAUGAGUGCAAUGUAAUGUAAAAUCAACACACAGACACACCGUAAUGAAAUAUGUGAAACUAAACAGGGAUGAAAAAUGGCAGAUGUUAACAUUAACUUUUUUAUUGUACAAAAUAUAUAUUUUGUGUUUUGUUUUGUUUUUUAUUUAAAGCUCACAUUAUAUUACUGUGAAGUUUUGCUUAUCAGUGUUAAGCCUAUUGUAAAUAAUAAAGAUAUUGAUGAAUACUGUU